CAGGGGGCAGCUGUUAACUUCCGGGUUCAGAGGUGACCUCACCGGAAGCAGAUGAAGAAAACACAGAUGUCCACAUGUGAAACAUCAGCAGCUUAGAGUAAGAAGAACAACAUUCACUGUUUUCACGGGUCUGUGCGCUGAGGGCUUAAAUCUGUAGUUGUCUGACUGGAGUUUGGUCCAGUUGACUUUAAAAGAACAUGGAGGACGUGAACGUGAUCAAGCUGCCGGUGACGGAGGAGCGAGCUCCGGCCAAGAAGAAGGCUCGACCGCCGAAGUUUAACGCGAGGCAAGAGGCGCAAACCCGGCAGAAGAACGUGAGGAGGCUGGCGGUGCUGGGGGAGGAGGACGGCUCGGUGAAGCUGCUGGAGGAGCUGGUGUUCGGGGCGGAGGACGAGCUGGUGGAGAGACUCGUGGAGCAGGAGGAUGAGCAGCAGGACGACAUGCUGCUGCUGCAGGACGGAGCCGAGGACUCGGGCGAAUCAGACGCCGAAGAUGAAGCUCGUCUGCAGCGGCAGCCGACCAGAGGAGCUGCCUGGGUGGACGAGGACGACGAGCUGGAGGAGGCGGUGGACAUGAAGCAUCGUUACCGUAAAGACCUGAUCAGAGGAGAGGCCGAGUCCACCAUGACCAAACAGAAGCUACAGCAGAGGAUGAGAGAGCAGUUUCAGAGGUCGAUGGGAGGGACGCCGUCGUGGGCGGAGAGCAGCACAGUGAAGAAGAGGAAGAAGGAGCGAGAUGAUGAGGAUGACGAGGAGGAUGAAGACGAGGGCGAUGACCUGCUGAGGAGGACGGGAAACUUCGUGGCGUCUCCAGACAGUCUGCCGAGCGGCGUCCUGCGGAUGAAGAAGUGUCUUCCUGCUAACAGCGCCCGUCCUUCAGAGGACAGACUGACCACCGUCCAGUUCCAUCCCUCCGCUCAGGUCGUCAUGACGGCCGGCCUCGACCAAUCGGUCUCUCUCUUCCAGGUGGACGGGAAGACGAACCCGAAGAUCCAGAGCAUCCACCUGGACCGGUUCCCCGUCCACAAGGCUCAGUUCAGCCAGGACGGAGAGACGGUGAUCGCCACCAGCCUGAAGAACAAGAUGUUCUACCUGUACGACAUGAUGGAGGGCCGGGUCACACCUGUGCACACGGUCAGAGGUCUGAAUGAAGCCAGAGUGAAGGAGUUCUCAGUGUGUCCUGAAGGAGGCGCUCUGCUGCUCACUGGAACCAACGGAUACCUGCACCUCCUCACUCUCAAGACUAAGGAGGUGGUUCGCAGUAUGAAGAUAAACGGUGACAUCAGCGGUGUCGCCUUCUCACAUGACGGCAGCAAAGUCUUCGCCAACUCAGAGGAGGGAGAGGUGUAUGUGUGGGACAUGCGCAGCAGUCGGUGUGUGAACAGGUUCACAGAUGAUGGCUGUGUGAAGGGAACGUCCAUCGCUGCCUCACCCAACGGACGCUACCUCGCCUGCGGCUCUCAGUCGGGCGUGGUCAACGUCUACUCUCAGGAGGCGUGUCUAAAUUCAGCCAAUCCCAAACCUCUGAGAGCAGUGAUGAACCUGCUGACGUCAGCGACCUCCCUGACCUUUAACCCCUCCUCUGAGAUCCUCGCCAUCGCCUCGCGAGCCGAGGACGAGGCCGUACGACUGGUGCACCUGUCCAGCCUCUCCGUCUUCUCUAACUUCCCCGUGUCGAAGAAGAAGAUGGUGUAUCGAGCCAGCUGCCUCAACUUCUCCCCACACAGCGGCUUCUUCUCAUUGGCUAACAACAAAGGACACGCCCCUCUCUUCAGGUUGCUGCAUUACAAAGACUUCUGAAGACCUGAACUCUGGAGGCUCGGGUCCGACCCGCUUAAAGGACCAGUCCGCUGCUCUGCCAUGUUGUGACUGCAGCAUGUCAGCAGCUGAUCUGUAGACAGAAGAUAAAUGUGACAGCUGCUGAUGAGUCGCUGUGACGGAGGCUGACUGCUGCGUCUGAUGUUUUUAUUGUUUGUAUGAAGAGAAAUUAUAAAACUUAGAAAACAUCUGA